UUGAACGGGCCAGGGAUGCAGGAGGCGGCCCAAGAGUCCAGUUAAAGGCGUUUGACCAAAACAAAAGGAAAAGAGAGUGGUGAGUUGGGCGGUGGCAAUGGCUCUGCUGGGGGAGGACGGGCGCGGCUACGAACUGGCGCGGAAGCUGGACACGUGCGGCGUGUGGCGAACAUGGCUGGGCGACUCCACCUACGCGAACUUCGCCCCCUUCCUCUCUUCCCCCUCCGCCUGGGACUCCUUCAUCAGCUCCACCACUCACAUCCCUCUCCAGCUCCGUGUCCGCGCCCUCCUCUUCGACAAAGCCUCCGCCUCUCUCUCCCUCAGCCCUAGCCCCUCCCUCCACCGCCUCAACCCUACCUACCUUCAAUUGCACGCCGACGACGUCUACUUCACCCUCGACAACGCGCAACAUGACUCUAAGAAUCAAUCCAAAGCCACCGGAUCCAGGUACGUCGAAUCUGAACUCCCUGAAACCUGGUACAAUCAGGUUAUUGAUAAGUACAAGGCUAACAACUUAGUUUCCGGCGAAUCGCGUUCGCCGGCGGAGAUGGCUUCCUAUCUCGCCUACGCUAGUAGUCACAAGAAACGCCGCGUCGCGUUUAAGGAAGAUGUGAAUUCCGUCGCGGAUCGCGCUAAUAGCGGUAAUUUAGCUGUGGACGAUGAUCCCGUUGUUUUUCCGGAGAUAACGUUUGCGUUGAACUGCGUGCCUGAUAGUGCGCUUUCGUUGAGUGAUAGAGUGGAGAAUAAUAAUAAUAGUAGCCAGAAGGCUGUGAAGGUGCUUAGUGUUCUUGAUACCUUGCCUCCUGUUACGAGUAGGAGUUCUGUUAUGAUGGAGAGGCUCGGGGUUAGGCCUGAGCACGGUAGUGUGGACCAUGGAGGAAGCUUGGGCCGUGGGAAACUUGGAAGUGAGGGGAGUGGGAGAGUGGUUGGGCCUGAGCAAGCGGCGAAGCUGGCGCAGAAGGCGGUGGCGCGGAUCUUGUUGGGCGUGGGGUUUGAAGGUGCCAUAGAAGCUUCUGUUGAGGACUUCUCUGAGGUGCUGAGCGAACGCAUUUGUAAAAUAGGAACGAAUCUGAGAGUGCUUGCUGAUAGUUAUAAGAAACAGUGCUCGGCCAUUGAGCUUCUCAAGAUGUUGCUUAAGACAGUGGGGUUUAGUAAUUUUGCACCAUUAGUGGAUGUGGUUAGAGAUGGCUCCAAGAAUGUUGUACAACAGAGUCAGCAACAAGUUCAUGGAAUGCAACCACAGGUGCAACAACAGCAGCAGAGUUCCCUUCGGCUAUCUCAACAAAUUCAGAUGCAGAGGCAGAUGCAUCCACAGAUGCAGCAGAUUAUUCAUUCCCAAAAUAUGGCUUUUCAACAACAACAGCAACAACAACAACAACAACAGCAAUUAGAGAGAAUGCGAAGGCGCCAAGCAUCUACUCCGCGCCCUGCAAUGGAUGUAGAUAAGGAAAGACCAUUGGUUCAAGUCAAGAUUGAAAAUCAGGAUCUACCUAUGGAUAGUAAUGCCUUCACUUCUAGACAUCCUCAAAUGCAGUUUAGGCAACAGCAGCAGCAGCAGCAGCAGAUGGCUGCAAUGUCAAAUUUCCAUUCUCAAUCUGGCACUCAGUUCAGACAGAUGAGUUCCUUACAGAUCCCUUCGAUGCAGUCUCCGAACAUUGGCAUGGUUAGAGCCCCGCCUGUGAAGGUGGAGGGCUUCUCAGAAUUGAUGGGUGGGGGGGACUCUACAACGAAGCAUGAUCUGGAGGAAAAUAGACUGACUUCUCCUAAUGGUAAAUAGCCUUUCUAGUAUUUUAGUCAGCUGGGGUGUGCAUCCCCAGAGGUCCUUUGAAUUCGGUAUGGUGUCAAAAUUUGAAAUGGCCUUUAUUGUAAUGGAACUUCUUUUUCAGUUUACUUUGUAUAGUAGCUCACACAUAGUACAUCCCAGCAAGUGUGCCAUCAAUCAUCGUGGGUCAAAUAUAUUUAAGUUAAUUACACUGAUACUGACACUUCCUGAGAUUUUGUGAAAUUGCAGAUAAAUUCCCUACUUUUUUUUUACCUCACCAAUUCCCCUUGAUUAUUUGUAAAACAUGACGCCAACAUUCCUCAAACAUUAAAUUAGCUUCUCUCAAUUGUUAAAAAAAUAUUGAACCGUGUUCUUCUAUAAGGGACGUUUGAUGUAAAUGUUAAAAAAAAUAGGGAUUAUGUGCAAUUUUAUGAAUCUUCGGGAGGUACUUGUGUAGUUCACUAUAUUUUGUUUUACAAAUCAAUUGCUCUCAUUGUGUACUAAUUUCUGCCAGGGAUGUUCUGUAACAGAUAAAAGAUAGAGCAUCUGCCUUAAUUUUUGUGAUUAUUUAUUUGACAGCCACAUAAAUUGCUAGGGAUUUUUUUUUUUCA